AUGUCCAGCGGUGGGUCUACAGCUUUUUGAGGACCUUCGAAUGUGAUUCUGACAUUAAUCUAAAGGUUUUCUUUCAGAUCUGUUCAGAAUGAGAACUUUAUGGUGGCUUAUGGUUACUGUAAUGACGGCAUUGGCCGAAUAUCCUUGGACUUUUGACAACGAUCUAUUCGGAGGUGAGUUUACAGUUUGGGAAGUCUCGUUUCGAAUCUAAACAUACAAAAUGAACCGAGAUUUCUUGUACAGGAGAUCAUGGUCAGGGAAAGUAGAAAAUUGUCAUCGAAACAAUUGUCCUAAAGCGUGUACAAUUAAAAACCCAAAAUUCUGGAACAAGAACGAGAUUCGAAGGUCUGCUCGGUGCGCAAAUUGCCUGCAGAGAUCGACAAGACAUACAGAAAAAUUGGGUAAACCUUGAGAGUUUUUCUACGGGUUUUGGUUCAAAUUAUUUUUCAUUGAUUAACCAGGUACAAAAAGUUUGUACACAAAAUAACCUUUCCAGGCAAAAUCAGAGAGUUUUCGCCUAAAAGUUUUCGAUUUUUCAUCUUACCUACAUAUAUGUAUUCUACAGGAAAAAGCUGACCAAAAAUUUAACUUUUUUAGCUGUUUUGCUUUUUAUGGUAGAUUCUGAAAGUGACUCAAAAGUUUUAAGGAAAUCUCUGUAACUUGCGUGUGUAAAACAAUAUCGUCACCCUCUUACCUCUUUCGCUGCUUCCAUGUCAGUGUGAAAACAGCAUUCAUUCCGUUUAUUCACACGAACGCCCCUGUUCCUGGAUGGCCUGAAAAAGGAACACUAAUGGGCUCAUUCAAAUUGUUACAAUAACUAUCCUAAUCAGGGGAACCCUAGAAAAAACAAAAAGUUUUUGGCCUCUCGUUCGGCCGCGUGUCCAAAACAGGCAUCGCGCAGUUAGACUAGUCCACAUUAUGCUAAUCAACGGGACUCUCUUCGCGGCCGACUACUUUAAGAAAUGAGAAUUCCUAGAGAAUGGGCGGCCGACGAAGAGAUUCGGCCGCCUUCCAGGUUUCCGAAUCUCCGGCCCGGUGUGAGCCUGGGAAACUCUCAAGAUCUGCGCAAUUAGAGAGUUAAGUGCCGCGGAUGGGGACACAUCCGGCCUUGUUUUCGAUGGACUAUCUCCAAUAAACGGGAGUCACAGAAAACCCCCUUCGGUGCGAGCGGCUGGUUUACUGUCACUCAUUUUGUCUCACCUAGAAUACUGUAUCUUCUGGAAAAUAAAAUAUUUUCCAUAUUUUCCCCUUACUUUGUUUUAUAUAGCGUGCAUUGCGAAUGAACCCGGUAAAAUUGAAAUAUUCUUCCUUUCUGAAAGGGUGUUUUAUGGAAUAUUAUCCUAGAAUAUUCAAGUAUUUUGAAAGAAAACACCUCCCAGCCCUUACAGACCCUGGUUUCGUUCUCGUUCACAUUGUUUUAGCCCUCGUUUUAUAAACGCCAAUUUCCUCCGAUGCUUCGGUCAAGCGGAGAAAUGCUUGCGCUUUCUCUUAACCUUGUUGCGCAACUUUAUUCAAUUUCGUUUUUUUUUCUUCGAUCCGACGUUAAGGCCAUCUAUUCGGCCAUGGAAUUUGUCCCCGGAGGACGAGUCGGUUGCCCUAACGACCUUCGGAUAAAUGUCUUCUAAUUAACCGGGUAUUACCUGCCAGAGUUUCCGCCCUUUCUUUUAGAGGACCAUGAUUUCCUGGCUGAUGGCAGCCUGUUUCUAUCCUUGUAUUGUAGGACCCGAUUUCUGGGGAUUGAUGAAUAAGCACUGGAGAAUGUGCACCUUGGGACAGCUGCAAAGUCCGGUCAAUAUUGAUCCCUCGAGGCUUCUAUUUGAUCCGGCGCUAACUCCUCUGAAGUAUCAGGAAGUUCAGGUGAGCUAUGAAGAUUCAGAAUGUUUCCACUACAUUCUCUUUCUUAUGUGCUACCCCUGUCUUUAUUAAUCACAUGUUACUUUUUUUUAAUGAUGCCAUUUACGACUCUAAUGAAAAGUACAACCAGAAAAAAAUUGAAGUGUGUUGUUAUAGAUUGAUGCAGAAAUCCAAAACACUGGUCAGAUGCCUUUACUUCAGUUCAACAACUCUGAAAUCAAGAUGAACAUAUCUGGGGGACCAGUGUCGCCAUAUUCCUUUACCCUCCAUCAUAUUGCAUUCCAUUUUGGGAGAACAAAAGACAAUGAAAGGGGUUCCGAGCACACCGUGGAUCGAGUCAGAUUUCCCGCAGAGAUCCAGUUAAUGGGCUAUAACUCAGAUCUCUACCACAAUUUCACCGAAGCCAUGAGUCAGCCCAAGGGUUUAAUUGGCAUUGCUGUGAUUGUGGAUGUGAGUACAUUACUUUAGUAGAUUACUGUAUAGCAAUCCCGCUGACUCACUGAUAAUAAGGACCCAUUAUCGUGGGCGAAAAGAAAACUUCAAUUUACUCCCGACCUUUCUCACAUGUAAGGUGAUGACAAAAUAUAUAUUUUUGACUACUCACUGCAUGAUUACUAUAUUCAUGAACUACAUUCAUAAAUAAAUAUAACUUGUAGUUAAUUAUAAUCUUCAUUUCAGAUCGGGGAAUAUCCAAACGCUGAACUCCGUCGAUUAACGGUCGCAUCUCAAAGUAUCGUAUAUAAAGGCAAGCAUUUAUGUGCUAUAAUAUUGUAUAAUUCCCCUCGAUGUAUUUAUGCUUGGCUGUUUCAGACUCAAAAGCUCAAAUUCAAAGGUUUCGGCCAUUCAGUUUACUGCCCAAAAGUGAGACCUAUAUAACUUAUGACGGGUCGCUGACUCAUCCGGGAUGUCAUGAAACAGUGACAUGGGUGGUUAUGAACCAUCCCAUCUACAUCACACAGGACGACGCAAGCGUUUUUGACAAACCAGUUUUAUAAUUAUGAAAUAUUUAUUUUUUACAAAACAAAUUUCAGCUUGCCAUUUGGGAUGACCUCCAACAGACUGACCAAAAACAGUUGAGUCCAGUUUAUAUGGGUCCAAAUUAUCGACCGCUCAAACCGGUGAAUGGCCGUCUCUUUAGGACCAAUAUCAAUGUCAAGUAUAAGGUAACCAAAUGCGCAUCAGAUUAUCAUAAUUUCUUUCGUCUUUAAGAGUCGAACCGACGGCUCAUGUCCAAGUAAUAUUUACGUCGACAUGGGAUAUCGCUCCAACCCUAAACGCUCCAUAAACAACACCAGUCUGAACGCAUUGCAACGCCGACAUGCGAAUUUCUGGUCGGAUGUCGAUUCGAAUCUGGGGUUCUAG